AUGAGCGCGCAGGACUUCCUCACCUUCAUCGGCUCCAUGCGCGACGAGAUGUCGCAUCUGCGGAUCGUGCGCGACUCGCUACCAAACCGAUACAUGGUUCUCAUCAAGUUCAGAUCCCGCGAAGCCGCCGACGUGUUUGUGCAGGAAUAUAACGGGAGGGAGUAUAGCUCGCUGGAACCGGAGACGUGUCAUGUCGUUUACAUCAAAUCGGUCGAGUUCAAGUCGCAUGCUAUUCCCCCGUACGCGUUUCCACCUAUGCCCAACGAUCCAAGUACUUUGUUCUUACCUAACCGGCUUACUAUCGGUUCAGACGCAUCAACGAAACAGGCUCCGGGCGGCAUGUCAAUGGCUCCAGAGGAAACGCCUGACGAGCACUCCCCACUCCGAUCAUCCAAAUCGCCUGUCGGACCCGGCCUCCUCGAACUCCCAACCUGCCCCGUCUGUCUGGACAGAAUGGACGCCUCAGUCAGCGGCCUGCUGACCAUCGUCUGCCACCACACCUUCCACUGCCACUGUCUCGCCAAAUGGGGCGACUCGUCCUGCCCCGUCUGUCGCUACUCCUCCCGCUUCUCGGCCGCGGGCCAGGAUCCCGAGGACGACAUGUCGAACGAGUGCAUGGACUGCGGGUCGACGGAUAACCUGUGGAUCUGCCUGAUUUGUGGGAAUAUUGGGUGUGGGAGGUAUCAGGAGGGCCAUGCGCAGGAGCAUUUCACGGAUACGCAGCACCUGUAUGCUUUGGAGUUGGAGACGCAGCGGGUGUGGGAUUAUGCGGGGGAUGGGUACGUCCAUCGAUUGAUUCAGAACCGCACGGAUGGCAAACUGGUCGAGUUGCCCGCACCGUCGCGCCCGGGCCGCAUUGACGGCACCGAUACCUCCGGCGGGUACGAGAUGAACUCCCUGUCCACCGACGGGAUGUCCUUCCGCAGCAACGGCGGCGGCGGCGGUUUCGGGGCAGGCGGCCCAGGCGAACCAGGCAACCGAAAAAAUGGACUCACCGCCGAAAAUGGAAUCACGGCCGAAAAAAUGGAAUCCAUCGGCCUCGAAUACACCUACCUCCUCACCUCCCAGCUCGAAUCCCAACGCACAUGGUACCAGCAACAGCUCACCAAACUCGAGUCCUCCCUCAUGGACCAGAUAGCCGCCGUCAUGGCUGCGCUCACACAGGCUCAAAAGGACCGCGACGUGGCCGUGACCACCGCGGAACAGAUCUCGGAACAACUAUCGCGCGUGGAGAAGGAUAACCGCGCGUUGCAAACCCGACUCGCCAAACUGCUCACCCGCGCACUCGCGUCCGAAAAAGAAGCCCGCGAAGAAAAAGCCGUCAGCGCGUCGCUGCUGGAGAACCAGGCCGCGUACCAGGCGAAGCUAGCCCUGCGGGAUCAAGCGUUGGAGGAGAAGGAAGGCGAGGCAGGGGAGUUGAGGGAGCAGGUGAGGGAUCUGAUGGCGUUUUUGGAUAUGAGGAGCCAGGUGGAAAACAGCGGCAUGGGGGAGGGGGGCAGCACAUCAUGCACGGGCGCGGGGACGGCGGCGGCGCCGGCGUCGUUGAUUUCAGGAUUUGCCGGUGGGAGCAGCUGCGACGAGCUGAAGGGCAGCGACGAGGGCAGUUAG